AUGAUCUACACCGGGACCAAGGGUGAUUGGCCUUUUUUGAGAUCCGCCUUUCGGUUGGCAACUGGAUUCAAUUGUCGACGAGUUUGUCACUUGUGCGAUGUUCCGGACUGGUGGAAUGUCAAAGGCGAAAUCCAGAAAGUGCCGGCAGACCACAUCCCGUCAUGGCCUUUCAAACCCGGACCUGCUUCAGCCCUUAGAAAGCUUCCAAUGGGGCACAGUGCUAGAUUUGCCAGAGUAGAUCCGGCUCAUACAUGGUCAAUCGUGGGCAUCGGCAAGGAUUUUUGUGCUUCCACUAUCCUACUAUGCACGCGGAUUGGCCUUUUCGGGACUGGAUCCGUGGAGAACUGCCUGAAACGUGCUUAUAAUACUUUCCAGUCCUACCUGGUCAAAGCUGGCAAAUACUCCUCAAUCGAUGACUUUUCGCACAAAACCCUCAAGUGUGGCAAAUCGUGGUACAACGAUUUCCCAUCGGGAUUGGGAAAAGGGCAUGAUGCUGCCAUUGUGGGAGCCUGGUUGAGCGACUUCCUGCCGCACGUCGAUUCCACGAAGGUCGAGCCUUGCAAGCUUUAG